AUGUGUUCCCUCCAAAUUAUUUCCCCAGUGCGCAGAGUAGUGUACGCACACCAAGCACAAAAUUUUCCAGGACCAACACUCUACUCACUUCUCCAAACACAGCCAUCCGCAAAUAUGUUUCAGUCGUGGGCCGAUGCCGAGGACGAUAUCCCCGUGCCAGAGAUCACCACAAACGCCGACGGCACCAAGACGGUCGUCAGCUUCCGUCUCAACGCCAAGGGCCAGAAAGUGAAAAUCACCCAGAAAAUCAAAGAAGUCAAGGUCAAAGAAAGAGUGCAUCCUUCCAUAGCCGUGCGCCGAGGAUGGGCCAAGUACGGAAAGGAAAAACACACCUCUCCGGGCCCCGAUACCAGAACCACCCAACUAGGUGAAAAGGUCGAGUUGAAGUUGGCUGCUUCCUGGAAGGAGAUGGAGAAGAAGGAGGAGGACGAGAGAGCCGAGGAGAAGGCCAACUUGGUCGGUACCAAGAGACUUAAGUGUAGAAUCUGUGGUUCCGGUCUGCACUUGACCUUCCAGUGUCCAUUCAAGGACACCUUGGGAGGAGAGGCCGUGGCCGAGGCUGCCGGCGAGGCCCUGGAGUCGACCAAAUACGUUCCAGCACACUUGCGUGCGGGUGCUCCAUCCAAGGAGGAGAGAGACGACUCGUGUACGUUACGUGUGUCGCAAUUGAACACCAUGGUCAACGAGGACAUGAUCCGUGGCGAGUUGUUCGGCAAGUACGGUCCAUUGCAGAGAGUCACUCUUAUUACUCACAGAGACACAGGCGAGUCCAAGGGAUUUGCUUACGUGACCUUCCACAGCGAGUCGAUGGCCGAGCGUGCUUUGAACGAGUUGAACGGCAAGGGUUUCUACUCGUUGAUUUUGAGAUUGGAGUGGUCGAAAAAGAAGAAGACCUAG